GCCAGGGGCGGAACUUUAAAAUCACCCAAAGAAGAAGAGAACACGUUAUCCGGCUGACAGGCCGGUGUAGAACACGUACGUUAACAGUAGAGAAAUACAGUUUUGAUAUAAUUUAUUCCACAGUAUUUUAAGGCCAUGUCCGGAGCAUUAGCGAGGCUCCUUUACUACCCAACGUUAGCCUACAAUGUUUUCAUGGAGAAGGUGACGUCGAGACGUUGGUUUGACCGAGUGGACGACACGGUGAUCCUCGGAGCGCUGCCGUUCAGAUCCAUCACUAAACAGCUGGUAGAAACAGAAAAUGUUCGAGGCGUUAUUACCAUGAACGAGGAGUAUGAGACCAAAUACUUCUGCAACUCAGCUGAGGAGUGGCGGGCUGUAGGGGUGGAGCAGCUGAGGCUGAGCACGGUUGACCUUACUGGCGUCCCCAGCCUGGAGAACCUGUGCCGAGGUGUGGAGUUUGCCCUGCAGCACCGAGGGAAGGGAAGCAGCGUGUACGUUCACUGCAAGGCUGGACGUUCCCGCAGCGCCACACUCGUUGCUGCAUACCUCAUUCAGUUACACUGCUGGACUCCAGAGGAAGCCUGUCAGAAGCUGGCAUCUAUGCGACCGCACAUUCUGGUGCGUUCGGCUCAGCUGGACAUGCUGAGGAAAUACUACCAGCAGGUGUGUAAACAGUCCAGCUGAGUGAGCAGGACACCGGGUCAGACCUCAUUAUGCUCCCACAGCUGCUGUAACACUGGACUCAGAGCCUUAUACAAUACUCCAUGUCAGAAUGUACACCCACUGAAGACAGCACCAAACCGCUUGUAUUUCCCUUAAUGUUUUUAAAUCAAAUCGUCAAGUUUUUACUGGGAAAUGGCAAUGUUUUAAUAGGAAAUUCACAACUUAGCAGUAAGCAAAAAUGGCAAUUUGUACAAGUAACAUUAUCAUUCAUUCAUCUUCUAACCGCUUCAUCCUCUUGAGGGUCGCGGGGGGGCUGGAGCCUAUCCCAGCUGACAUUGGGCGAGAGGCAGGGUACACCCUGCACAGGUCGCCAGACUAUCGCAGGGCUGACACAUAGAGACAAACAACCACUCACGCUCACAUUCACACCUACGGACAAUUUAGAGUUAUCAAUUAAUCUAAUCCCCAAUCUGCAUGUCUUUGGACUGUGGGAGGAAGUCUGAGUGCCCGGAGAGAACCCACGCUGACGCGGGGAGAACAUGUAAACUCCGCACAGAAGGGCUCCCACACCCGGGAUCGAAAGAGGAACCCUCUUGCUGUGAGGCGACAGUGAUAACCACCACACCACCGUGCAGCCCGAAGAAACAUUAUCAUUUUUUUUAAUAACUUUUAUCAUAUAAAACAUGCAACUUCUUUCGUGUAACUCCCUGACUGCCUGGUUUCUUGCUUGUGGCUGAAAGAUGUUAAAAAAAUAUAUAUACAAAAAAGAUGUUAAAGAUCAUCAAUACUGAUGGUUUGUGACUGUAAUCAGAAAAACACUCAGCAAGACCAGGACAUUUUAUUACAUAAUUCAGCAGUCAAGCUGCUACUGUGUUUACUGGAAAACAUUUCAGUUCAAUUUAUCACACCUUCCUGCACUGCCUCAGAACUUCCAAAAUACUGACAGUGAUGUUAAAUAAAAUAUAAGUGAGUGAAAAUGGUC